AUGUCUUUAGGGAUUACCGGUUUUUCUUCAGGCCAGCUGCGUAAUUAUAAUUAUACACGCGUUAUUUGGUCAGCUGUACGGAGACGCUCAUACGAAAAUCGGAGGCUACCUACUGUUGCUAUUUUUCUCCUGCACCAUGUCUUCUUCUUCUUCUUCUUCUUCUUCUUUUUUCCACCUUCCUUCUUCUUCAUUCUUCUUCUUUUUCUUCUUCUUCUUCACCUCCCUCCGCCUCCUCCACCUCCUUCACCACUUCCUCCUUCUCCCCUUUUUCUCCACCUCCCUUUUACUCCACCUCCCUCUCCUCCUUCACCUUCUUCUCUACCCCCGCCUCCCUCCUCCUCUUCCUUCUUCUCCACCUCCCCCCUUCUUCUUCUCCACUUCCCUCCUCCUCCUACUUUUUCUUCUUCUUCACCUCCCUCCUCUUUCUUCUUCUUCUUCCGACAGCUUCAAAUUCUUCUUGUUUGCAUUCUUUCAUGUCUUCUUUUUCUAUACCUCUUCUUUUUCUUCUUCUUUUUCUUUUUUUCCUUCUUUCCUUUCUUCUUCCUCCUCCUCUUCUUCUGA